AUGGCUGAGCUAGCUGUGCUUAGUGCCUCGGUGAAGGCCAUUGUACACGGUCCGCUGGAUAAGGUGAUUUCUUUAGUCAACAAAGAAUUUAGCCUGAUCUACGGCUUCAAGAAAGAUCUUGAAAAGCUGAGAGGAUCACUGGUCAUGAUACAGGCCUUCUUGCGAGAUGCUGAGAGACGACCAGUUGGAGAAGAAGCUGUAAAACUGUGGUUGCAGAAACUUGAAGGCGUGGCUUAUGAUGCCGAUGAUGUAUUGGAUGAGAUGAACUACAAAAUUCUCCAACACAAAGUAAAGCUACAGAAGAAAGUGGAAAGCAAGGAAGCAUAUGAGUUUGGCCAUCAGUUCCAUAUCAGAGAUGUGGAUGCAUAUUCUGCUGCUGGUGCUGUGUUUUCUCAUUCCAUAGCAAGAAGCAGAGAGACUGACUCAGUAAGUGUUGAUCCUAAUGUUCUGGGAAGAGAUAAUGAUAAAUCUGAUUUAGUGAAAACAUUGAUGAGAUCAAGGGAUGAAGUUGUUUCAGUUAUUCCCAUUGUGGGAAUGGGUGGAUUGGGGAAAACAACUUUAGCUCGGUUAAUAUACAAUGAUGAAAGAAUUAAGAACUACUUUGAUGCAAGAAUUUGGGUUUGUGUAUCUGAAAAUUUUGAUGUAACUAAGCUUUUUGCCAUGAUGCUCGAAUCAUUGACACAAUCACAUGUUGAAGUACAGGGUAGGGAAGCCAUAGUGAAAAACCUUCAAAAGGCUAUAGGGGUUGGAAGAUAUCUUCUCAUACUAGAUGAUGUUUGGAAUGAUAAAGCUGAUAAAUGGGGUGAUUUUAAAAGAUCAAUGGAAGGGAUCAACACAACCAAGGGAAAUAGCAUUGUUGUGACUACACGUAGUGAACAAGUAGCUUCAAUUGUUGCGACGCUACCCCAACAUUUCCUUAGAAAGUUAUCUGAAGAAGAUUGUCUGUCAAUAUUGAAAGCUAGAGCAUUCCCAGGAGGAGAAGCUCCAAGGGAAUUGGACACCAUAGGGAAGAAAAUUGCAGCCAAGUGUCAAGGUUUACCAUUAGCAGCAAAUCUGGUAGGAGGAAUUUUACGCAACAAGGGGAAAUCUGAGUGGAUGUUAAUUUUGAAUGAAGGCCUUUCUCAAGUAAAUGGAGAUGAAAAUGGAAGUAGUAUCUUGCAAAUACUGAAGUUGAGCUUUGAUCAUUUGCCAACUCCUGCUGCUAAAAAAUGCUUUGCUUAUUGGUCAAUCUUUAACAAGGAUUUCAAUUUGAAAAAGGAACAAGUGGUUCAACUAUGGAUGGCAGAAGGAUUUUUGUAUUCCAAUCAAGGAAGUGAUGUGAUGGAGAAAACGGGGAUAAAGAUUUUCCACCUUUUACUGCAAAACUGCUAA